AGAGCGAGAGAGAGAGCGAGAGAGAGCGCGAGCGUUAGAGAGAGAGAGAUAAGGACAUUCCGCUAACACGUCACCUUUUCGUAAACAUGUCGGCCGCAGCGCGUGGACACCGUCGCGUGGGAAAGAGACUAAAGAAAACAGCUCCGCGCGAGGGCGUCGUGUCGCAGAUGUUGUGAGACGAGAGAUGUCGCUCAAAUAAAGUAAUAUCAUAUCAUAUCAUUGGCCUUACCUGAACCCUGGAAGCGUAGCCUUCGUCAGUGUGCAUCACCACCACUACAUCGGCAAACGACGCAUUUAAAACGGUUCCCUUAUUUUAGGGCCAUUAAUUAACAGUUUAAUUUCUUUUAUUGCAAAAAUAUACUUCAAUUCCAUUUAUUUCAAAUAUUGGCACUGUAUUGUCACAAUUCGCCACACAACAAUUCAUUUUUGUGCGUUUGUUUUGUGUGUGUCAUGCAAUAAUGCCUUAAAAUACCGCAUCCAUCACUCAGCUUGUUAUAAUAACUGAUUGAUCUAUUACUCGUAAAACUAUUACAUUUAAUAAUGUUGGGGUAUCUUUAAAUGAUGUAUAUUUAAACUGCUAUAAUAACAACAAUAACAGCAAUAGUAACACUAAGAUGUAAUAUAACAUCCAGAUAAGACUUUGAGAAGGGAAUAAACAUGUCAGAUUACCGUAUACGACUUCCUUUAGGUUGAUCUGAACUUCAGUGAAACGUCAGGGUCUAAGGUGCACUGCCUGUUAUUAAUAAAUUACCUAGUAGGCAGGAUAGAGGACACUUCAGUUUAUCCUCUUUUCCACACACAUGAAUCUGACAGCGGAGAACCACAGCAUUCCUCUCAGUGACGGGAACCAUAUUCCGCUGCUGGGAUUGGGCACCUAUGGGGACCCUCAAACGACACCCAAAGGCACGGCACUGGAGUGUGUCAAGCUGGCCAUAGACGUGGGUUACAGGCACUUCGACGGGGCAUUGGUGUAUUUCAAUGAGCACGAAGUGGGUCAAGCCAUUCGAGAGAAGAUUGCCGAUGGAACCGUUCGAAGACAGGACAUCUUUUACUGCGGAAAGCUCUGGAAUACCUUUCAUCCGCCGCAGUUGGUGCGGCCGGCCUUGGAGAGGACGCUGAAAGCCUUAAAACUGGACUAUGUGGAUCUCUACGUCGUCGAGCUUCCCAUGGCCUUCAAGCCUGGAGCUGGGUUCUAUCCAAAAGACCAGGCUGGAAACUACAUCUACCAUCACACAGACCUCUGUGCAACAUGGGAGGCUUUGGAGGCUUGCAAAGACGCAGGACUGGUGAAGUCUCUGGGAGUCUCCAACUUCAACCGCAGACAGCUGGAGCUGCUGCUGAACAAACCUGGCCUCAAACACAAACCUGUAUCCAACCAGAUUGAAUGCCAUCCAUAUUUCACACAACCCAAGCUUCUGGAGUUCUGUCGUCAGAAUGACAUUGUGAUUGUCGGCUACUGCCCGAUUGGCUCCUCCAGAGACGCAUCGUGGGUGAAUGUGAAAUGUCCUCCCAUGCUGGAAGACGAGCUGCUUGUGUCUAUCGGGAAAAAGCACAACAAGAGUCCUGCUCAGGUGGCUCUGCGCUUCAAUGUCCAGAGAGGAGUCGCCGUGAUCCCCAAGAGCUUCACCCCCGAGAGGAUCAGGCACAACUUCCAGAUAUUUGAUUUUUCCCUCACCGAGGAAGAAAUGAAAGCCAUCGAGGCCCUGAACAAAGACAUUCGCUUUGUGGAGCUGCUGAUGUGGAGUGACCACCCAGAGUACCCGUUUCAUGAAGAAUAUUAAUGUUUUGACUCUGGAGUGACCACCCAGAGUACCCGUUUCAUGAAGAAUAUUAAUGUUUUGACUCUGGAGUGACCACCCAGAGUACCCGUUUAAUGUUUUGACUCUGGAGUGACCACCCAGAGUACCCGUUUCAUGAAGAAUAUUAAUGUUUUGACUCUGGAGUGACCACCCAGAGUACCCGUUUCAUGAAGAAUAUUAAUGUUUUUUAGCAUCUGUAUUUCACCAAAUGAUCUUUACACCUGCAGAUUUCCUGAGUUAACACUAGAGGGCUCUAACUCACAAUAAAUGAACAAAGACAUACAUGUUUUUUAAAGGUUAGCGGACAGCUCAUAUAAAUGAUGACACCAAGUUGUUUUAGUUGUUGCAUGUGAGUUUGUCUGUGAGACUCGCAGAAGGCUCAUGUACUAUUCAAAGAGAGGUAAUUGUUCAUAACAACUGUUUUGACAUGAAUUGCUAUGAAUAAAGUUUGGCUUGAAAAUACAA